GAAGAUGGCAUAGAACAUCUAGUACCAGUUCCAAGGGUUCCUUGUCCGUUUAACUUUCGAGAUAUGAAUUUGACAAUGGAUGAUUGCAUUAGGUUUAUGGAAAACUCAUUUUCAUUCCAGCUUGGAGCUCGUCAAGUCGCACGGGACGAAUCAUAUAAAAGGGAUACAACUUCAUGUUCCUCAUCCGGCAGAUCGACAUCGUCUUCAGUACCAUCUGUCCAAUCCCAGCCUCCAAACAAUCCACAUGGAGCUAAUACAUCACAAGACCUCACAUUAGGUGGUUCAUAUGAAUGGGCUACAGGUCAAGAAUUUUACACUCCUAGGGUCGAAGCUGGAGCUACUACAUCACAAUAUCAACAAGGAGGAAAUGAAUUUACUGCGUUGUUGACGGAAAGCGAGCCUAAUAUUGUUUAUGAUACUCAGUUCGCCCCACAAUAAUCCUAUAAUUUCCUUGACCUGAAUUAGAUUAC